AUGACCUAUGCAACCAGCCGAUAUGACUCAGCAGAACCAUCCUUUUUCUGUCUUGUUUUCUCAGUCCUGGACCUGAGUCUGACUCCCACUGGGAAGAUUGUGAAGACAGUAGGGGACACCUUAUCUGUGAAGGUGCAGAAGAGCUCCUCGGGUGACGCUAAAGAGUCAUGGACAAAGAAUGGAAUGGCACUGAAGGAGCUGGAGUUGACCAACUUGACCUUUGCUGAUGCAGGAGUCUAUGUAUUGGAACUUUCCAUGACUGGCCUCAUGCGACGUCAGAGCUUUGAACUGGUUGUAGAAGGAAAGCCUGUGAUCACCAGACUAACCAAACACCGUGCUGAUGACGCUAGUUACAAAGUUCUGACCUGCGAGGCUGAGGGAGUACCAGAGCCAAGCUUCCAAUGGAGCGUCAAUAGCACAGACGAGGAGAGCUCGUACUCUAACGGCAAGGCCAUCCAUAAAAUCACUGUGGUCCCCAGGGUGAAUCUGACUGUCACCUGCAGCGUCAGCAACAAGCUGGGAGAAGAUACCAAGACCAUCAAUGUCGCCUCUGUUUUUAAGGAGAAAAGGGAGGAAGAAGGUUCUCAGGAGGAAUCAGAGGACCAGGCAAAGCUCAUAGUGGGAGUUGUGGCAGGGCUCCUCAUAGCUGCUGCUGUGGUGGGACUCAUCUACUGGCUCUACAUGAAGAAUUCAAGGCAAGGAAGCUGGAAAACUGGUGAGAAGGAGGUGGGAACAUCUGAGGAGAGCAAGAAACUAGAGGAGAACAAUCACACUGUUUAAGGGCACUCAGGCUGUACCAUGUGGGAUCAAAGAGCAGUUGAAAGCAGCCUUGCAACAUAAAAAAAUACAGACUCCCAGUUGGCUGCUGACACACUCCAUCAGGCUCCACAUAAGCAGCAACAAUCAGAGUCAUUUUCCGCCAAGUCCUGCCCACAGCCUGCUGUCCCACCUCACUGUUUGAAGUCUGCACUGAGGCUGCCUCGUGUUACUGUUUCAUUUUGUGUUUUUGUGUUCCUGGUGAAUGCUCCCUGUUAUGUUUUGUUUGAGCAAUUCCGCUCAGGCUGUGUGGUGGGCUUUUUUUUGCCCCCUUCGUUCUUUCUUUAGGAAUUUUUUUUUUUUUUUUUUCAUUUGUUUGUUCUUGAAUCUCUUCAAAGAAUGUAAAUCCCUCGUACACUUUUUAAGGCCUGUAUAAUUAUAAUUAUGCGUGUGCCCUGGCUGAGCAUGCCAAUGUUUAUUUUUAUUGUUUGUUUUUUACUUUUUGUGUGUGCUGUGUGUGGAAAAGCCUUUGUUUGGCUGUGCUCAGAGAAAAAAAAAGACACUUCACUGCUAUAGAGUCCUACUGAACAUGUUCUCAAACUUUAAGAUAACCUCAACAUCUCUUAACCUGCUGACUCAUGUUUUCUGGUUUUCAAACACUGGCGACCCUGAAUAUCUGGUUAAUGGAUGCCCAGGACUGAAAGAGUGAUAUUAAGUAAGCAACUGGAUGAAUGGUUUCUCUACAUGCAGUUUAUCAUAAUUGUGACCCAAAAAACAAACAUACUUUAUUUAGAUUUACAUCCACAAAAAUUGCAUUUGUGUGGAUUUAAAUUGGAUGCCAGCAAAUGGACACAGUCAACCACUAAUUGAUAGAUUUUUUUUUUUUUUUUUUUUUUUUUUUUUGUAAAUUACAGUAUUUUCCCUGUUUUGUUAUUCUUAAUAGAAACUCUACAGUCCCUUUGUGUUGCAAAAAGUUUUAUCUGAAAAGGCAAAAAAAAAAAAAUGAAAAGGAAAGAAACUUGUAAGAUUGAAAAAGUGUGUUCUGCCAUAGUCUUUCUUUUUUUUUUAAGUUUAUACCAAAUGACUUUGUUCACCUGUGAUUCAGUUUAAUACACUACAUUGUUGUCUAUAUGUCUUCACCUGUCUGCUUUGCAGCUCCUGUAUUUUAUGUUUUUUUAUGUAUUUAUAUCCUGUGUUCAACUUCCCUGAAUGGCGAUGCUGCAGCAUGCAAGGUAAUCUUUUUUUUAAGCCUGCGUGAAAGGCAUCAUCAAGUGUUGGGAAGGUACUGUAUGGUGGGAGAGUUACACGAGAGUGAAGAAGGCUAUACAGUAUCUGUGCUCAUUCUCUGCUGUAUUACUAUUAUGAUGUUAUUUUAGCUCAGUGGUGUGAAGGAUAACCCAAACUGAAGACAGAGAUUGAGAUUGGAGGAUUAGAUUAGGUCAUAAAGAUGGUGGCUCUCUGGCUUUACACCAUUUUUGUUUUCAGUGACCCAUCAAGGGGAAAGGGUUAAUAAGACAGUUUGAGAGGAAUCAUGACUCUUGUUAACAUUUGUUGUUCCGUUCAUACUUUAAUUUACUUAGUUGUUUGGUUCACACCAUGUUAAUUUACAUAUUUAUGACUUACAUUGUUCUGAUGAAUAACUUGACAAAAGAAGCAUCAACCUUUCACCUCAACCAUCUAUUCAUAUUUCAUAUUAUGACUAUUGCCAACAGUCAGAGUUAUAAUAAGUUUGAGUUGUUAUCCUGCAACAGCUUCCUUGUGGCAAUUAAAGGUUGAACAUUUGGAACUGGUUUUGUAGACUCUUAUUUUCACCACCUGGUAUGAAAGUAGAAAAUCCAGACUUUUAAGUUGACUUUGUCAAGAGCUUCAGAUGUAGAAACUGUUGAUUAUAAAACACUAAAUGUUAACUUGAAGGAACCAUGCUCCGGUUGAUCUAGUUAUGGUCUCUUUGAUUCCAGUUUUCCAAACUGUAGCAAAGAUAUGACAUCCCAUUCUCUUGCUUUUUUUUUUUUGAACAGUGAAGUUACCAGUGUCCCCACCCAGCAUAAUCAAAAUGACAGCAGUGUAAUGUUAUUGGGAGAUGGUUGCAAAAGUACACAUCAUGAAAGCAGUCGAUGAAUAUUUGAAGCACCUGGUCCAUUGUUUUCUCAUGCCUUUUUGUUCCUUUUUGAAUAAUCAGGUCAGCAGUGAAACCAAAGAUGGUAAGAUGAGAAGGCCAUAGUAGUGUUGUAAAUACAGACUUUUGUUUUGUACUGUUGUUGACAAUAAAGUGUACAUUUUGAAAAAA